CGCCCAUCUUCCGUUUGCCUCCGUCACAUACACCACCAUUCCGCCCCUUCGAGAUGUCUAUCGCGCCAGAGUUCCCGCAUUGCUCAGAGCCUCCUAUCGAAGAGCCAUGUCGACCACCGUAACACCGCUGCCCCCACGACGACCGGCGUCCUACCAGGACCCUCCACUUCACCACGUUGGCUCUCCGCCGACAUCCUUCCGAAACCCAUGGCCUUCGUACUCGCGCACUACCAUUAGCAAAAUCUUCACCACGCGGUUCAACACGCCCAAGAACUUUGUUGCUGUGCCGAGUGACCGCGCUGGCCUCGUCCAAGUUCGCAAGCCGGAUUUCGAAACAGCAGCCGCCGGUCUGAAGGCAACAUGGAUUGGACAUGCGAGUUUCUUGAUCGAGACAACAAAGGCCGAGGGCGCGCAAAGAGGCGUGCGGAUACUACUCGACCCCGUCUGGAGCGACCGUAUGGGACCCUACGGCGUAGUCGGGCCUGUUCGAUUUACACCUCCGCCCUGUCCGCUCGAGGAGCUCCCCGAGAUCGACGCUGUAUGCAUUAGCCACGAUCACUACGAUCAUCUCGAUUCUGAUACACUGAAAAGGCUCAACGCGAGCCACGAUGGGAAUCUGCAAUUUUUCUGUGGGCUGGGCGUAAAGGCGGUGCUGACCGGCUUGGGCGUGGGCAUAAAGGCAGAGCAAGUGACUGAACUUGAUUGGUGGGACACAGUGCGCAUCGAGAAAGAGGGCAUUGGCAGUGUGGACUUGGUCAGCACGCCUGCGCAACAUCGUAGUGGGAGAACACCGUGGGGAUUUGAUGGAACCUUGUGGUGUAGCUGGAUAUUGAAAGAAUCUUCUAAAGAGGGCAAGAGGCUGUUCUUUGCAGGCGAUACGGGCUACUGUCAUGUCACCUCGAACGAUGAGCCAUCGCACCACAACGCGCCGUAUCCACCAUGCCCCGCAUUUGCAGAGAUUGGGCAACUUUACGGCCCCUUCGAUCUAGCUCUCCUCCCUGUUGGCUGUUACCAACCCCGAUCGCUCCUCUCUGGACAGCACUCUUCGCCAGAUGACUCCAUCGCCAUACAUCAGGACGUGAGGAGCAAAAAGAGCAUCGGAAUGCAUUAUGGCACGAUUAGAGGGGGCAUUAGUAUCAACUAUGAGCCGGUUACUGAACCAGCGCAGCGAUUCAAGAAUGCCGCUGAGAAGGCAGGCCUGCGAUGGGGAGAAGAUGUUGGCUUGUGCGACGUUGGAGAGACGGUCACAGUCUGAACUAGAUUCACGUCGCUUCCAAUCGUGACAAUCGCGCGUUACCCCAUACCCCAAGAUGACCAUCGCAAAUGGCAAGGCCGUUCACGUAACACUCUAUGACUUGCGGGAGGCAACAAGGCAAACUCGUGUCGCAUUCAGCUCCGUCGCAGCUCUAGGCCGCAGCGCCUCAGCAAUCUAACACGAGCUAUUCAUUGGAUGCGCCGUCUCACGAUUGCUCAGCCAGAUUAGGCAGAAGGCGGGGGCUCUUCAACAAGCUCUCGCGAUGUCAGCUAUAAGAUUUCCUU